AUGCUGAUUUUGGUGUUCGGUUGGAUAUCGAGAGACGUAAACAAAAUGAAGACCGACCACCUUCGUGAAGUUGAAAAGGAACCUGGAAUGUUGCUAAAACUGAGGAGACUCGAAAAUAAGUUGACCGACCUAGUUGAAAAGGUAGAUAAAGAAAUCAUUCAAACUGAGAUGGAAUGGAUGCAUUUAAAAAGUGCAGCUGACGUCGCAAAUAAAGCUUUUCAAUGCAAGACUGAAAACCUUGAAGAAAAUCCAGAUUUGAAACCUAAGAGCGGGGUUUCGAAUAACGAAUCUCCAUCUAUGAGUGGUGUUUCUACAAGAUCUAUCAGUUUUUGGGAUGUAAAAUCCAUCAAUGCUGCCCCUCUAGAGUUGGAUUUGGAUUUUUCAAGAGCAACGUGUUCAACUGCAAUGGAUGAAGAGUUCGACAGUGACUGA